UUGAACAUCGACGAAAUCCUUGAUGCAAAAAAAAAAAAAACUAUUCAAAUACAAAAUUGGGGGGCUUUAUAACCCUUUUCAAGAGAAAGGUAAUGUUUGUCGCAAAGGCUGCAUAAUAUUAAGCCUGAGUAUAUAUUGUGGCUUUAAGAACCAUACAUAUCCUUUUAUAUUUUAGGCUUUAAUGUGAACAGGGAAAGCCUACUUGUUCCUCAAACAAUCCAAAAACAAAUUCCCAAGAAAAAUCUCAGGGAAUAAAGUUGCUUGUUCCCCUCAUUUCAGCAAAGAAUCCCUCUCUCCUUUUACCUGCUAAUAAGCCAUUAGAAGAACUCCCUCUGCUAACUCAACAACUCCCUCCUUCAUAGAUGGAAGACACUAUCCACCAAGACCUGAUUGAAAGUGGUGAUCUUGAAGCCGAUUACUUCGGCUUCAAAGAUGAUGAUAUUGAAGAAUCCCAUUACCUAUAUCUUAUCAACGCCAUCCUAAGCGGCACUGCACGUCUCAAUGUUCUCUUGCCCACUGCCACCAUCCUUGCCUUCACCAUUUUCGCUCCUCUCCUGACUGAUGAUGGCGUGUGCGCCACCUUGAACCGAUGGCUGAUGGGUUGCUUCAUGGUGCUUUCGGCAUCCUCCUGUGUUUUCUUUACUUUGACCGAUAGCUUUAAAACAGCAACAGGCAGGCUAUAUUAUGGGGUGGCAACUUUUAAGGGUAUAUGGACUUUCAAUACAGGCCAGAAGAAGCCGGCUGUGCCAUCCGAUUAUAGGCUGAGAUGGGCAGAUCUCUUCCAUGUGAUGCUUUCAUUGAUCACAUUUCUCACAUUUGCAGGGUCACAUACUGAUGUUGUGUUGUGUUAUUACCGAGCACUGCCAAGGAAGGUUACCAACACACUUCCUCUUGUUGUUGGGUUUAUAGUAAGUGUAUUGUUUGUGCUGUUUCCUUCAAAAAGAAGGGGGAUUGGGUAUCCAUUCUUGCUGCAAAGGGAUGCUUUGUAUUCCAGAUGUUGAGAAAACAUUUUGUUUCCUUCACACAGAAACAAGCAUGCUAUAAUAUUUUUGUGUUUAUUCUGCCAA